UAUGCGGGGAAGAAUUUAUUUCCCAUAUAAGGACCAUUCAAAACAAAGGAUUACAUCCACAGCUACCGCUAUGAAGACGAGUUUUGGCGCACAACAACAAGUUGCUAUGUAUCUAUUGCUUGCAAUUCUCAUCAUUCACAAUGUUUUUCAAGCACAUUCAGCUUCUUCACUCCAACCACAUCAAGGAACUGUAUUUUCGGGUACGCUUAGAAGGCUACCGUCAACGCCACCACCGCCGCAGAUAGGCCAACCACCGCAUUAUAGGUUACCUUGUCCGCCUCCACCACCGCCCCCCUUGGCGUUACAGAUUGACCGCAUAGCUUCUAGUUUUCGUACCGUAGGUAGGGGCUCACCACCCGCACCAAAGCCAAGUCGACCUCGGUAUUUCCAUAUCUUUCUUUCGCCGCCACCACCGCCACCGCCGGAAAGUACUAAAUGAUCAUUGUAGUCUCCUUAUAUUAUGAAUGUAACAAGAUUCAGUAUUUUAAACAGACAAUGUCCUAAAUUGCCCAUCCAUGAUAAUAGAGUAACACUAUUUUAUUUUA